AGCCUGUCAAGCCCAUGGCUGUCGUGCGAAAAAUGAGAUUUGACACUACGGUCUGUGGGCCUGAUUUUGUGUGCCCAUGAAGUAUGGAAAUUGACACAAGGGGAAUUUCACCAUCUGGCGUAGGAAACAGGCAGAAUGGAUCUCAGCUUCACAAUGAAGAUGAUCUUCCAGAAUCAUCAGUGGCUGAACAACCUUCCACCUCUACAGAAACUGCACCAGCCUCUCAAAUGGAGGCAUCUUUACCUGAAGAAGAUACUUCACCUCCACCUUACUGUAGUAUUGCUGCAGAAGCAGCUGCAACAGCAGAAAUGGAAUCGCCUAAUGACUUUUACCCUGUGCCACCUCCAUACAGUGUAGCUACCUCUCUUCCCACUUAUGAUGAAGCGGAGAAGGCCAAAGCUGCAGCAAUGGCAGCUGUUGCAGCAGAAGCAGCAGCAGCUCAAAGACACGGCCAAUUUAGGGAGUCUAGGAGUCUGUUUGAUGAAAUAUUCCUGAGCCCACCAGAGGAAGAAGAGUAUCCCCCAAGGGACGAUUUCAGUGACGCAGACCAGCUUCGCGUGGGCAAUGAUGGCAUCUUCAUGUUGGCUUUUUUCAUGGCCUUCAUUUUCAACUGGAUUGGAUUUUGCUUAUCGUUCUGUAUAACAAACACCAUAGCAGGAAGAUAUGGCGCCAUCUGUGGAUUUGGGCUGUCUCUGAUCAAAUGGAUUCUCAUUGUUCGAUUCUCAGAUUACUUUACUGGUUAUUUCAAUGGACAGUACUGGCUUUGGUGGAUAUUUCUUGUACUUGGUCUCCUCCUAUUUUUCCGAGGUUUUGUUAAUUACCUGAAAGUCAGAAACAUGUCUGAAAGUAUGGCAGCUGCUCAUAGAACAAGAUUUUUCUUCUUGUACUAGAGACUGCAUCGACCAGACAUUCCUUUCUCAUACCAAUGUGAACUUCCAGCCAAUCUGUAACCUUCCAAGCGAAUAGGGAAAGACGACUACUAGAAGCAGGAGAUAAAUUUGAAGCAGGAUCUUUUUGCCGCUUAGGGAAUGACAGGGUGGUCUAUGCUUAAGUGCCAUUUCUGUUCAUUCCACUAAAUAUUUAUAUUAAGCAUUGCCUUUUGUCUUGCACAUAUGCAUAUGUGCUAAUUUAACAAGAACUUUAAAAAGAAUAAAUUCCAUGCAUAUGGUCUGCUAAGCAGUUGAAUACAGCCAGACUUGACUAAUUUGUGUUUUGUAUCUGGAAGAUUUAAAGUGGUAACUUGUUUUCACAGUAUUAUGUACUAUCUACUUAACAGAAGUUUCAUUAAGUACAAGUAAUUUGUACUGAAUGACUCACAGUAAGCCACUCAGACUCUGUUAGUAUGUAAAUUGCAUUCAUCCAAUUAUGCACAUAAAAACUGCUCUAUCACAUGAUAUGUAGUUCUAUAAACACGCAUUGAAAAGCUGUCGAGGGCUAACCAAGGUUUCCCUAGUGCACCUCUCUUACACUGGUGUGAAUUUGGGUCCCGCCCCCCCCUACAUAGAUGUGGGCCAUAAAAGCAGUAGCCUUAAUCACUGCCAUUUUAAGCCCAAUUUGAACACAUUCUUAAAGUAAGCAUAUACAGUAAAAAAAUCUGCAUGUGCUAUAGUUCGUAAAGUCCCAAUAUUUGAUCUGAUAAUUAUAUUACAGGAAAGUGUAACACCAUCCCAUGCUGUUCUAGUGAUCUAGGAAACCGGAAGAGAGAUUGGAGUAGUAGCCUCAGUUAUCAGAUCAGGAAGUAAUGGGUUUGCUCUCUCUCUUCCUAUGUGGCCUCUCCAUUAUUUCUGCCUUAGCAGAGCAACAUGGGAUUGAGCCAUGUUGGAUCAGUGGCUGCGCUGCUCCCAAAACAUUCCCACCAGCCCUUAAACUUCAAAAAGAAGUGUCCUGAUUACAAACAAUGGCAAACUAUUAGCAAUAUCACUUCUUCUCCAAUGUCUUACCAGUUUGAUGUGCAUACGGGUCUUUGGGGCUGUGUAACUUUACGAGUGUUAAGCCCUGCAAGAAAGCUUUUGGCAACAAUCUGUACAGAGCCAAAAGAAUUAAGACGUGCAUCAGAACAAUGAUGUUUCCUUAAGGGCACAAAUUGAUGGAUUUUGAGUCCCGGUCCUGCAGGGGGGGAAAUCUUACACUCGUUUCACUGUCAUGUUCAUCAUCUCAUUGGAAAGGCUAGCGUAAGAUAAUUGCUAGUCUGAUCCUGCACUUUUUUCUAGGUAGGUAGACCUCUACCCCACUCCUUUUUCUCGCCCUACAAUCAUUGGCUCUAACUGGAGAUCAGGACUGUACACUCUCUGACUCCGACUGCACAACCUCCACUCCUCUAGGUGAGUUUGUCAAGGAGCCCUACUCCGUUCCAGCUGAAAGGAACGGACAUUGGCCAUCACCAGUGGAUGAACAACCUAGUUCUUUAAGCCGGAGUGUCAGUUUUCCUUCUUGUUGUGUUUUGUGGGAGUGUUUCCAUAAUCGCCGUUCCUUAACCCCAAAGGUAACUCGCCAUGCUUUCACAGGAAUGAUGUUAAGUUUAGGUCAGUUCCAUUGGGCAUGUUUUCAUUUUCCUUGCAAAAAUACAAGCAAUUCGCCAUCAGUGGUAUCCGCACCAUAGUAAUGAUGGCCCUCCCGUGCAAAGGAAUAUAUCUAGGGCUUUUUAUGGGGAGGCAAAUGUUGAAGCACAUGUGUUUCUUCCCCAAACAUCUCUGGGACUCUGCACUCUGGCAUGACGGGAGACAAAAUCUCCCAGAUAUCCACAAACAGCUCUCAUCUCAGUUGCUGCCAAUCACUAAUCACUCUGCGUUUGGGGAGUGGUAGAUGCACAUUCAUUCUUUUGUUUGUUUCUUAAUUUGAACUCUUGCAUUUUUAAUACUAAUGUGUAGAGGGAAUUAUAUGUCUCAUUUAGUGCUGUAUCCAAUUUUGUAUCUAUUGUAUGCAUAAGGUUUAUAUUCUUUAAUAUUUCAGGAUUAAUAAUAAUUAAAAAAAAGGCCGAAGAGUUUGAAAGCAAAAGCCCACUACUGCUUUUCAUGAAAACAAGAUUCUCUUGGGAAUUCCCAUGUGUUUCUCUCUGAAUUCAUCAGUAUUUUUUCUAUGAUUUUCUCUCCUCUCUAUCUCUCUUAUUUAUCUUCCUUUUUUUGCAUUAUUUGUUCUCAUAAGAGGCAGGUGAAUAAAAGUUUUUGUUUUGGAAUAAA